AUGUUAUUUUACUCCGCGUACCCGCAGUACGAGUUCAAGUACGGGGUGCACGACCCGCACACGGGCGACGUGAAGAACCAGUGGGAGAGCAGGGACGGCGACGUGGUGAAGGGCUCCUACAGCCUGGUCGAGCCCGACGGCUCCACGAGGACCGUGCACUACACGGCCGACAAGCACAGCGGCUUCAACGCCGUCGUCAAGAAGUCCGGCCACUCCUCCCACCCACAGCACUACGGCCAUCACGGCUACUGA